AGCUCUUUAUAGGUACUUACUCUAAGCAAAAAAAACAUAUUUGUACUUCUUAGAAUUAAAAAAUAUAGAUGGCCCUACAUAGGUACAUACUUUUUUUGUAGUAAUAGUAUAGUUUAUCUUGGCAGAUAAGUAUUUGACCUUAGCCGCUUUGUAUGGAACGAGUAAAAAAUAUAUUUAUGGUUUUAGAAUUUGGAAUUUUCAAUUCAAUUUUGAGGUUUGAUCAAUCAUCAAGUUGACUUUUUAGUUGUCACUGUGUCAGAUUGUGUGACCAAAAGGGCCAUUAUUACAUUUAAAUAUAAUAAAAAUGGAAGACACUCAAGCUGCCCAAUCUAAUGAGUAUCCAAAAGAUGCAGAAGACAAGCAACAAAAGAAGAAAAGUAAAAAUAAAAAAAAGCGGAAUGGUGGAGAUGGCGACCACGAUGUGACCGCGGCUAAUGACGGGUUAGUGUCUACGCUCGAUGCUGAUGGACAUCAAAACAUUUCUCUAAAAGACUUGAAAAUGGCAAUGGAAGUAUUAAAUUUACAGCAAAAACCCGCCAAAACAGCCGAAGAAGCUUUACAUAAAUCUUAUCAAUUUUGGUCUACUCAGCCUGUUCCUAAAAUGGAUGAAAAAAUUGUCUCAAACGAACCUAUAGAACCUCCUAAGACACGAGACGAAAUUCGUGCUGAACCUUAUACCCUACCAGAUGGAUUUAAAUGGGACACGCUUAAUUUGAAUGAGCCUUUGGUGUUAAAAGAAUUGUAUACACUGUUAAAUGAGAAUUAUGUUGAAGAUGAUGACUGCAUGUUUCGUUUUGACUAUCAAACUGACUUUUUGAAGUGGGCUCUCCAGCCUCCCGGUUGGAAGAUGGAAUGGCAUUGUGGAGUUCGUGUGGUUAAAUCUGGCCGGCUGGUAGGUUUCAUUUCAGCCAUUCCGGCUCAAUUAAGAAUAUAUGAUCAUGUGCAAACAGUUGUUGAAAUAAAUUUUUUGUGUGUACAUAAAAAACUUCGUGCUAAGCGUGUGGCUCCUGUGUUGAUUAGGGAAAUAACCCGUAGAGUGAACUUAACUGGUAUAUUUCAAGGAGUGUAUACAGCUGGUAUUGUUUUACCAAAACCAAUUGCCACAUGUCGUUACUGGCACAGAUCACUUAAUCCAAAAAAGUUAAUUGACAUUAAGUUUAGUCAUUUGUCUAGGAACAUGACUAUGCAAAGAACGCUCAAGUUGUUUAAACUCCCAGAUACACCUAAAACUCCUGGAUUUAGGAAAAUGGAAAUGGAAGACACCGAAAAGGUGGUGAAAUUAUUAAAUGAUUAUUUGAAAAAGUUUGAUUUGGUUCCCAUCUUUUCAGAGGAAGACUUUAAACACUGGUUUAUACCUCAAGUGGGUAUUAUUGAUAGCUUUGUUGUUGAAGCUCCUGAUGGUGCUAUUACUGACUUUGUGAGCUAUUACACCCUACCUUCGACUGUAGUGUACCAUCCAGUCCACAAGACAUUAAAAGCUGCAUAUUCAUUUUAUAAUGUAGCCACGAAAACCCCUUGGACCGAUCUUAUGCUUGAUGGACUAAUAACAGCAAGAAAUUCUGGUUUUGAUGUUUUCAAUGCUCUGGACCUGAUGGACAACAAAAAGUUUCUUGAGCCUCUCAAAUUUGGUAUAGGUGAUGGAAACUUGCAGUAUUACUUAUACAAUUGGAGAUGUCCAAGUAUGGCACCAAAUAAAAUUGGCUUGGUUCUUCAAUAACAGAUUACUGCUGUAAAUUAUAUUGGUGAUUUUUGUUUUCUGUCACAUUAUGUAAAGUGUUUUUAUAAAUUAAAAUAUAGCUUUAGUAUAGUGUCUUUUGCAUUGUAAUACCAUUAGCUACCUGUAAUAUAAGCUGCAAUGUGCAAUUUUGAAUAAUGGUCAUGAUGAGCUACAGUCCUCAUAACAACUGUUGGUAUUGUAUUCCUUUAAACACAUUUCGUGCCUUUUUUCUACUUGUCAUAAGAAUACUUGGUAAAUUAUUUAGAUUCAAUGCUUAAUUAUUAUAAGUAUUAAAAUUUUGUACAGAAUAUGUAAGGGUGUACAAUAAUUUGGUAAAUUAGCAAAUGUAAAUCAACAAAAUCCUUUAAUUUAUAAUUUAACAUAAAUACUGUUGCUCAGACCAAAAUUUUAGAAGUCUAAUAAGAACAUAAUGUUAGGUACAUGCAUUUGUAGGCAGUAACUGUUUCAGAAGUCGAGAAAUGCAAGGGAUUCUGGACAAACAUAAUCAUGCAUUUUAACCAAUUAAAACCUGUGUAAUGAUUUAGUAAUAUAUAUUGUUUUUAAACCAAACUAUGAUUAUGAAGUUUCUAAGGUAUACUUAUCUAAAAAUAUUUUUUAUUUUAAUUGGAUUGCGGCAUUAAUUGCUUUAUAUCCUAUAAUAGUAAAUAACUAUUUGCUUUUACUUUUGUGUUAUGUGAAACAUUUUAUGUAUGUACCUGUCUGAAUAAAUAAAACGAGACAUUUCA